AUGGUGAAGCUGAAGCAGCAGGAGGUGUCGUUUGCUCUUAAGAUCUUGAAGAAACAUCAGGUUGUGGAGAACCAUCAACAGCUGCACGUGUUCGAGGAGAGAGACAUCCUACAGGCCUCAAAUAGUCCAUUCAUAGUCAGAACCACCUCCUCAUCAACAGAACCACCUCCUUAUCAACAGAACCACCUCCUCAUCAACAGAACCACCUCCUCAUCAACAGAACCACCUCCUCAUCAACAGAACCACCUCCUCAUCAACAGAACCACCUCCUCAUCAACAGAACCACCUCCUCAUCAACAGAACCACCUCCUCAUCAACAGAACCACCUCCUCAUCAACAGAACCACCUCCUUAUCAACAGAACCACCUCCUCAUCAACAGAACCACCUCCUCAUCAACAGAACCACCUCCUCAUCAACAGAACCACCUCCUCAUCAACAGAACCACCUCCUCAUCAACAGAACCACCUCCUUAUCAACAGAACCACCUCCUCAUCAACAGAACCACCUCCUCAUCAACAGAACCACCUCCUCAUCAACAGAACCACCUCCUCAUCAACAGAACCACCUCCUCAUCAACAGAACCACCUCCUCAUCAACAGAACCACCUCCUCAUCAACAGAACCACCUCCUCAUCAACAGAACCACCUCCUCAUCAACAGAACCACCUCCUCAUCAAUAGAACCACCUCCUCAUCAACAGAACCACCUCCUCAUCAACAGAACCACCUCCUCAUCAAUAGAACCACCUCCUCAUCAACAGAACCACCUCCUUAUCAACAGAACCACCUCCUCAUCAACAGAACCAGCAACCACCUCCUCAUCAACAGAACCAGCUUCUCAUCAAUAGAACCACCUCCUCAUCAACAGAACCACCUCCUCAUCAACAGAACCACCUCCUCAUCAACAGAACCACCUCCUCAUCAACAGAACCACCUCCUCAUCAACAGAACCACCUCCUCAUCAACAGAACCACCUCCUCAUCAACAGAACCACCUCCUCAUCAACAGAACCACCUCCUCAUCAUCAACAGAACCACCUCCUCAUCAACAGAACCACCUCCUCAUCAACAGAACACCUCUAUCACGAACCACCUCCUCAUCAAUAGAACCACCUCCUCAUCAACAGAACCACCUCCUCAUCAACAGAACCACCUCCUCAUCAAAGAACCACCUCCUCAUCAAUAGAACCACCUCCUCAUCAACAGAACCACCUCCUCAUCACAGAACCACGCUCAAACAGAACCACCUCCUCAUCAACAGAACCACCUCCUCAUCACAGAACCACUCCUCAUCAACAGAACCACCUCUCAUCUCAUCAACAGAACCACCUCCUCAUCAACAGAACCACCUCCUCAUCAACAGAACCACCUCCUCAUCAACAGAACCACCUCCUCAUCAACAGAACCACUCCUCCAUCAACAGAACCACCUCCUCAUCAACAGAACCACCUCCUCAUCAACAGAACCACCUCCUCAUCAACAGAACCACCUCCUCAUCAACAGAACCACCUCCUCAUCAACAGAACCACCUCCUCAUCAACAGAACCACCUCCUCAUCAACAGAACCACCUCCUCAUCAACAGAACCACCUCCUCAUCAACAGAACCACCUCCUCAUCAACAGAACCACCUCCUCAUCAACAGAACCACCUCCUCAUCAACAGAACCACCUCCUCAUCAACAGAACCACCUCCUCAUCAACAGAACCACCUCCUCAUCAACAGAACCACCUCCUCAUCAACAGAACCACCUCCUCUCACAGAACCACCUCCUCAUCAACAGAACCACCUCCUCAUCAACAGAACCACCUCCUCAUCAACAGAACCACCUCCUCAUCAACAGAACCACCUCCUCAUCAACAGAACCACCUCCUCAUCAACAGAACCACCUCCUCCUCAACAGAACCACCUCCUCAUCAACAGAACCACCUCCUCAUCAACAGAACCACCUCCUCAUCAACAGAACCACCUCCUCCUCAACAGAACCACCUCCUCAUCAACAGAACCACCUCCUCAUCAACAGAACCACCUCCUCAUCAACAGAACCACCUCCUCAUCAACAGAACCACCUCCUCGUCAACAGAACCACCUCCUCGUCAACAGAACCACCUCCUCGUCAACAGAACCACCUCCUCGUCAACAGAACCACCUCCUCGUCAACAGAACCACCUCCUCAUCAACAGAACCACCUCCUCAUCAACAGAACCACCUCCUCAUCAACAGAACCACCUCCUCCUCAACAGAACCACCUGUGGACUGCCCGACCCGCCUGGAGCUGUUUCAACUGUACCGCACCUUUAAAGAUGAUAAAUACGUGUACAUGCUGCUGGAGGCGUGUUUAGGAGGAGAGGUGUGGAGUCUGCUGCGAGACCGGGGGAGCUUGGGGGAGGCGGCCUCUCGGUUCUGUGUUUCGUGUGUGGUUGAAGCAGUGGAUUAUCUUCAUGAACAUCACGUCAUGUACAGAGACCUGAAGCCAGAAAACCUCCUGCUGGACAACCAGGGCUACUGCAAGCUGGUGGACUUUGGUUUUGCUAAGCGGUUGAGUCCAGGGCAGAAGACCUGGACGUUCUGUGGGACCCCAGCCUAUGUUCCUCCUGAGAUCGUCCUGAACCGAGGACACAGCUUCAGUGUGGACUUCUGGUCUCUGGGCGUCCUGCUGUUUGAGCUGCUGACGGGGAGCCCUCCGUUCGUGGGCUGUGAUCCCAUGACCAUCUACACCUUCAUCCUCAGAGGAAUCGAGAAAGUGGACUUUCCCAAAAAGAUCUGCAAGAAACCAGAGGAUCUGAUCCGCAGGCUCUGCAGGUGA